AUGCCAGAUGAACUCUUCAAAUAUCCAGUAACAAAGAAAGUACGCGAACGUUGUCCUGAAGCUCGGAACUGGAAGGUUUCCCCAGAAACAAAAUCUGCCAUCCGUCAAAUGGAGAAUGUGUUUUUAAAUGUCAUUCUUCAGAAGGCGAAACAAAUGAAACAAAUCAAAGAAAUACCAGAUCCGGAUGACUACGAUACCAUCAAUCGCAUAACUAUAACUUGGAAGCACAAAGAAUUUAUUGAAACUGAGGAACUGAAAAUCGUACUUCUCAUUGAAUUGGCAGAAAUGACCUCGUGUGUCAAACUGAUGGUCAAACCAAAAUAUAUAAUAAAGAUCUUGAUAGAACGCGCAUACUCCUAUGUUUUGUUCGAAUGGAUUCAAAAAGAAGUUACCAAACGAUACGAGUCAGGCCAAAUACCAACAAGAGUUAAGCAGCUCUACUGGAAAUGUGAAUCCAGCCUUGUGAGUUUCUUGUUGCUCUUCAACAUGUUCAAUCCUCAAUAUUAUCUUGUUUUAGAAAUGUAUGAAUUUGUGAAAGAAGAGACCAACAAACCUGUGGGAAUGAAGCAGUGGCAGAACCUUGAAGAGAUUCAAGUGGAUUCAUUUUUCCCUGGCAAUGUGGAACGUUUAUUGGAACCAGAUGUCAUCAAAUCUUAUAUUCUUGUUGAAGAAACUGAAAUCAGUAAUAUUAUUGAAGUGAGCUCUUGA